UAUAUAUAUAUCUAUAUCUCAAUUUAAAUGUUAAUAUGCACAUGGCUGCAGUCCUAAAACCAAUGAUGGCAGAGCCAUCAGAGAAGAAAAGAGAAAGACAGUGGACCCUCUUUGGGAAUAAAUGGAUUGUGGAUUGCAGGCGUCCGUCCCCCCCCCCCCAGUUCUCUGGUGGACUGCUUGAUGGCUAAAUGCAAAUUCCUUAUUCUUGGAAGUGGCAGCUGCACCUUUUCGAAAGUCAUUGAGUUGAUCCUCCAAAGUCAAACUUAUUCUAUAGCUAUGGACAGUGUCAACAUGAAUUGAUUUGUACGUUCCGCUAAAUGAUGGCUAAAUGCAAAUUCCUUAUUCUUGGAAGUGGCAGCUGCACCUUUUCGAAAGUCAUUGAGUUGAUCCUCCAAAGUCAAACUUAUUCUAUAGCUAUGGACAGUGUCAACAUGAAUUGAUUUGUACGUUCCGCUCCCCCAUCUAUCUGAUCCUUUGGGGUGGUGAAUUAAAGUCAUUUCGUAAGAUAUUCAGAACAAUAAUGGCGGCCAAAUAAUAACCAGAGCCUGUAAAGCAGCUGUAAUAUGCCCUUUUUUUAAUCCAUUGAAAAGUGACUGUGCAUGGAAGUCCACAUGGCUCCGAUAAUAGGUUGCAGAAUUAAAGACUUGUGAAAUGCAAUUUUAUUUCCUAUGCUCCCUUUCAGUCCUUGGCAAUAAGGACACUUCGCCUCCAGGUGAUAGCUGUGUCUUGUUCCACAGCUGACUCCUGAUUUGAUUCAUUGUAGGGCUUAAUAAAUUGCUCCUGCAGUUUUAAAAAAAGAGUAGAUUUCAAAUCCAAUAAGUUUUAUAGCAAAUCAAAACACGCAAUUAAUAGCAAACGAUUGCUUCUUUUAUUGCUUUCAAUGAUAUAGUCAUUGCUGGGUUUCCUAGGAAAUUCUCAGGAAUGGAAUCGAAAGUCUUAUUGUUUCUGUCACGCUUCCAUUCUGAACCUGGGAUGCUGACCAUUUUAAAGAUUUGUUAGGCACUUUGCAGGGAACCUGCAUCAGGGCAGUAAGAAGCAGCCGACCCAGUCCAAAGUAAGCACACAACCCAAAGUGGCAAAUUAGAAACAAUUUCAUUGCAUCCUGCCAUCAUUUUGUCUCAUAGUAAGCUGAAUACCAGUUAUUGCAAAUUGUGAGUGGGGAAAGUAAUGUUGCUCUCAGGUUUCCCACAGGCAUCUGGCUGGCUACUGCGAGAACAGGAUGCUGGACUAGAUGGCCACUGGCCCAAUUCUUACAUUCUUAUGUAAUUGCAUUGAUCUCUGUUGACACAAUUUGCAGUCCUAUUUAUUCUACAGUUGUAAGCAUGCAUACCCCAAAGGCUGGAUUUAAGCUGUCGCCUCUCUCCUGCCCUCCAUCUUCAACAUCAAACUGGACCUUUAUUUCAUCUUCAGGUUGCCUUGGAACCGGAACUGGCGGCUAAUGUUAGCCUUCAGAUUUCAGCCAGGUGCCAGUGCCAUUUUUCCAGAAAGACUUCCCAGGCUACCUGGCAGUGGCAUCUGGCUUGGCAGAAAAGAGCCUGGAAGAAUAAUGGGGCUUUGGCUUCUUGCCUGACACAAUAGAUUCUUAAUCGCUUGAUCCAAAACAAGAGGCAAAGAUUUGCAGUGACAGUUGCAAGCUCCUACAUACAAAGCUUGAGAGAGAGAGAGAGAGAGAGAGAAAGAACUGAAGGCUUUUCUUAUCCUUCGUGUGUGUGUGUGUGUGUGUGUGUGUGUGUGUGUGUGCACACGCGCAUGUACACACACACACAUGUAUGCAACAUUUUUCUAAUAACCAAAGAGGAAGAAAACACUUGAGUCUUAUUACUUUCCAUAGGGGCAACACAGUGGCUGCCUUUGUGCCUCAUCUUUCUGUUUUUUUGUUUUUGUUUUAAUGGCAAGCAUUAGGACGGUAAAGAAAAGUCAUUUGUCCCACCUUUUGUCUGCUGUCUUUUGCAUAGCAAGGAUUAUUAUUAUUCCUCCCUCAUCCUGUCCUAUAAAUAAGCCACCAAUUAGGUGCUGGCCUAGAACAGGGGUCAGCAAACUUUUUCAGCAGGGGACCGGUCCACUGUCCCUCAGACCUUGUGGGGGGGGGGGGCGGACUAUAUUUUGGAAAAAUAAUAAUGAACGAAUUCCUAUGCCCCACAAAUAACCCAGAGAUGCAUUUUAAAUAAAAAGAACACAUUCUACUCAUGUAAAAACAUGCUGAUUCCCGGACCAUCCGCGGGCCAGAUUGAGAAGGCGAUUGGGCCGCAUCCGGCCCCCGGGCCUUAGUUUGGGGACCCUGGCCUAGAGGGAUAAUUUGACAUGGAAAGCAGAAGUCCUCUCCCCUCCUGUCACCCCCUAACCCUGCCUGCCAUAAAACCACCAUCUCUCAGCUCUUUGGCUGACUUUGGAGUGGCACCACAUAUGGAAAAAACAGUCAUAAACCCAGAACGUAUGAAUGUAUGAACUGUUAAACCCCCAAAUGCAGCUGCCUCUCAAAAUGAAGCAACAUUAACACAAGGCAGCUGAAUUAAACGAGUUACACAAAUCUUUGUGGACACUGUUGCCAAGUACGUUUUCUGUGCAACUCCUGGGAACAGCACCAACAAUUAACAGAUGAAGCUGCCCUCUGCUGAGUCAGACUGUAGGUCACCUAGUCCAGUAUUGUCUAAGCUGGGUGACAGCAGCUCUUAGGGUCUUAAAAAAAAUGGUUCUUCCCAGCUGUUCUGCUUGAAACCAUUUGAACUGGAAAAGUCAGGGAUUGAACUUUGGGUCCUUAAUUACAUACAAAGCACCUGCUGUGUUGCACUCCCCAUCGUACCAUUGUUGUCUUUCCUUGCUUAUGCCUGGGAAGUAGCUUGUUUUAGAUGCUUUACCUUGGGGAUGUGAUGUGAUGUGUGUGUGGCCAGGCCUAAAGUCAGGAUCAGGAGAGCAAAUUUGCAGGUGCGCAACUGCUGCAAACAGCCCUUGUUCACAUUUCCUGAGAGACUCCCCAAUCUAUCCCCCACAUCAUGAGAAUGAGUAGAACUGAGCCAGGAGAAGAAAAUUAAAUUUUUGAUAUGUUUUCUGCCAUGAGCCAUUGGGUGCGGGGAGAGAGGUUUAGUUUAAAAAUUCUAAACACAUUGGAUAAUGUUUGAAUCUCAAAAGCCAUGAGCAUCAUGCCCAUAAUGUGUGUGUGUGCGCUUUUGAGAAUAGAGAAUUGCAGGCACCUCCCUCCCUUAAAAGAAUUUUUGCAACUCCUUGGUGUUCUGUUGUGCUGAUUUCUUGCUGUAGUUUAUAAAGUUUUCAUUUUAAAAUGAAAAUAGUUAUUCUUUUGAAAAGUGUUUUUAAAAGUCUGCUGUAGUAACAAAUGUAUUCUUGCUGGCUUUCUUGUUUCUCUCAUGAUGGUGCAUGUGAAUGCUUUGCACAUAUUUCUCUGACAGGCUGAGAGAGUGUAGGAUCCAUAUGGGAUCCAGGUUGGGAGAUUGUAGGAUCUACUUUGUAAUCCUGUGCAAUCUGCAGUAACAUCUUAUGGUUGUGUGAUAUUACAAUAGUCUUUAUGGCUGUGAGUUUCAAUACAGGUUAUUUGGGUUGGGAAGGUUUUUUUUUUUUUGCCAUUUUGAAUCGGAAGAAGAUGUGUGGUGAGAAUGGCUUAAGUUGGAGACUGGCAUUUCAAUAAAGCACAUUUAGGUUUCUGAUUGCCUUGCUCCUAUAUUUCUUUAUAAAAGAAGCAAAGAAGGAAAAUAACUUUAUUGAUAAACAGUAUGUAGUUUUGUUUUUUGCCUUUCCCAACAGCCGUCCUGUUUUCAAUAUCACUAUCCUUUAUAGGGACACGGGUGGCGCUGUGGGUUAAACCACUGAGCCUAGGGCUUGCCAAUCAGAAGGUCGACGGUUUGAAUCCCCACGACGGGGUGAGCUCCCGUUGCCAGUCCCAGCUCCUGCCAACCUAGCAAUUCGAAAGCAUGUCAAAGUGCAAAUAGAUAAAUACGGUAGGUACCACUACAGCGGGAAGGUAAACGGCAUUUCCGUAUGCUGCUCUGGUUCGCUAGAAGUGGCUUUGUCAUGCUGGCCAAAUGACCUGGAAGCUGUACACCGGCUCCUUCGGCCAAUAACACGAGAUGAGUGCCGCAACCCCAGAGUCGGUCACGUCUGGACCUAAUGGUCAGGGGUCCCUUUAUCCUUUCUACACACACCAUAGUCAUGAUUAAAAGAAACUGUGAAGGUGCUUUGAGGAAAUCAAGUCCUUGGUCUCUUUCUUUUUUUAGUAUUCUUCACAAUCUAUAUUUCUGGACAGCUCACUUCUUCUAUGCCCUGGUUAUUGCUGUAAGCCAUUACAAUUACAAUUAAAUAUAAUGUACUAGGUAUGCAUUCAUAACCAAAGAGACAAAUCUAUUUGCUCCAGGCUGUUUGAUCCUUGUUACAACCAGACCCCCCCCCCAUGUUUACUAAGAAUUAAGUCCUCUGAAUUCCAAAUAAGUGUGCCGCAGUGUUAACACAAUGCAUAGUGCAGGCAUCCCCAAACUGCGGCCCUCCAGAUGUUUUGGCCUACAACUCCCAUGAUCCCUAGCUAACAGGACCAGUGGUCAGGGAUGAUGGGAAUUGUAGUCCAAAACAUCUGGAGGGCCGAAGUUUGGGGAUGCCUGGCAUAGUGUGAUCCCAAACUGAAUCUUAGAAUUGCACAGUUGGAAGGUACCAUGAGGGUCAUCUAGUCCAACCACCUGCAGUGCAGGAAUCUUUUGUACAACAUGGGGUUUGAACCCAUCACCCUGAGAUUAAGAGUCUCAUGGAAGACAGUGGUGGCUAUUAAAGAUCAUAGUCUUAAUGAGUUUGUUGUAGAUUAAAAAAAACACUGUACUUAGCAUGUCCUUUAUUUAUUUUUUUACAAUUUUAAGUGAAGCUUUUAAAAAUCCUGUUGCCUCCAUGAAAUCCUGUUUUGUUUACAAGUGGCUUAUCUUGAUUAGGUGCCUGUCAGUGCAAUCCUAUGCAUGCUUUUUUUAUUUAUUUGCAAAAAUGUCCAUACUACCAAUGCUAAGAAAAAAAUAUAAUGGCAAUGAGCAGCAUAAAAUCAACAUCCAUAAAACAGAUACAAAAUACAUCACAAAUCAGUAGUUCAAACUAAUAAAUCAGUGUUACUCAUUACUAAGAAGUAUGUUCUGUACUUUACUCACUACACAGUCCCAUUGAGGUCAGUGGAGGUUAUUCCCAAGGAAGUGUAUGUAGGAUUGCAGCUAGAGUUGUAGUUCUGAUUUGUUGCUUGGCUUCCCAAUGCCUCCUGUCCUGCUGAUUUGAGGUGGGAGCAAUGCCACAAGACUGUCCUGUAAUGAGCGAAAGUCACUUCUGAUUGAAUUUAGUAUGCAGAUCUGCAACCAUGCAGAGCUGUUUGCUUAGUGGACUGGAGCACAGAAGUGGAAAGUGGAGGGGAGUGUUGGUGGAAUAAUGUCACUGGAAUAAUGCUGCUUAUUAUCUGGUGGUUAUAUUCAUAUUAUUCUACUGCAGAGGAUGAAGCAUAGAAUCGUGGAGUUUGAAGGGUCGUCUAGUCCAGCCUCCUGCAAUGCAGGAAUCGAGCAGGUGUAGGAUAUAAUAAAGGCGAAAUGUGACAUUUCUACUGAUGGGUUGCCAAAGACAACAUAUUACACCUUCUCCUAGCCCCACAGGCCCAUCUCCCUCCAACUGUCCCGUAGGAAGGAUCCUGAUUACUUUUUAUACAUUGGUACUGCUUAUACUGUAGUGGCUUUUAAAGACGCCAUCUAAGCUUAUGUGUAGGUCUCCUUGGAAAGAUUUGUAUCCUGAAAGGUGGGGGUUAUAUAUAAUUUUAAUUAAUAAGUAAGUAAGUACCAUGAUGCAAAGCUAGCUGUUGAUUGGCCCAUAUUAAUUGUUUCACUCAACACAGCAUAUAGUGGUAGACUGCUGUCUGUAAAAUGUGCUUUAAAAAGAGAAGGUGGGGAAUAGAAAUGAUAGAAGUUUGUGGUUGUGCCCGUGGGCUUUAAAUACCACAGGCAAACACACAUGAAGAUUUAUAGGCAAAUCUGGAGACAGUUGCCUAGACAAAGCAGGCAACAUAACAGCAAAAUAAAGCCAUCCUUUAUUGAAAAGAUGGAGGUUUUUUAUUUUUAUUUAAAACUGCCUUUUAAAACUGUACAUAGCAUUUCCCUUCUACUUCUACUUUUAACAAGUAAAGAAUUCAAAACAACAUAUUCUAAGGGUGCUAUCAGAGACUACAGAAUCGAGAUGUAUGCCUGUCAGGGCUGGCUCUCUGAGGCAGAAUCCAAGGAACGGGUGCCCCACCCCUGGCAAAGUAAGAAGACGUGCCUGUGGCAGCUUCCAGGUUCUGGCAAGAUCUCAUGAGAGCCCAGCAAGCCUCCAGGGACUUCUAUGUGAUUUUGAGGGGCUCUCGUGGGAGCUUGUCGGACGCUGUGGCCACACGACAUUGGGAAGCUGGGCUCUGGCAGGGCAGCAAGGUGGCUGGUAGGAGCACAGGGCGACACCUUACCAUUUUGCCUCAGGCGGCCAGACGGGGAUGGGUGGCCCUUAUGCCGGUAGUGGCAAAAACCUAUAGAAAGAGUAAGCAGGGGUCCACAAACUAAGGCCCGGGGGCCGGAUGUGGCCCAAUCACCUUCUAAAUCCGUCCCGCAGACGGUACGGGAAUCAGCAUGUUUUUACAUGAAUAGAAUGUGUCCUUUCAUUUAAAAUGCAUCUCUGGAUUAUUUGUGGGGCCUGCCUGGUGUUUUUACAUGAGUAGAAUGUAUCCUUUUAUUUAAAAUGCAUCUCUGUGUUAUUUGUGGGGCAUAGGAAUUCGUUCAUAUUUUUUUUCCAAAAUAUAGGCCGGCCCCCCACAAGGUCUGAGGGACAGUGGACCGGCCCCUGCUGAAGAAGUUUGCUGACCCCUGAGUAAUACAGUGGUACCUCUGGUUAUGAAUGGGAUCCGUUCCGGAGGCCCGGCCGUAUUCCGAAAAUUUAGUAACCGGAGGACUGCUUCUGCACAGAGUGUUUCUGCACACACGCGAGUGGCAAACCCACUUCCAGAAUGCAAUGAACUUGCCUCCUGACAAAGCAAGGCUACUUCGACAGUACGACAAUGAGAAGAAGUGGGAGCUGAUCUGUGAUCAGGAAAGAUUUCAAGUCAAGAAUCCUCCACACACAUAUAUCCAGAAAUUAAAAGGCUAUCUCGAUCCAGCUGUAACUAGGAAGAAAUUUAGGAGAAGAGUUCAAGAAUCUACACAAGUAUUACGAGAAUUAGAAAUUUCUUUAAGAACCAAUCACAUUGGGUGGGUCAGGGAGUUUUUGAAUGAAGAAAACAAAGGCUUGGAUGUUUUGGUAGAGUAUUUGUCUUUUGCACAGUAUGCAGUCACAUUUGACUUUGAAAGCUUGGAAAACAACAUGGAAAACUCAAUGGAUAAAUCUAAGCCUUGGAGUCGAUCCAUUGAAGACCUCCAUCGAGGAAGUAACCUCCCCUCUCCCGUUGGCAAUAGCAUUACCCGCUCUAGCAGACAUUCUACUCUACGGUAUAACACCUUACCAAGCAGAAGAACACUUAAAAAUUCAAGAUUAGUGAGUAAAAAGGAUGAUGUCCAUGUCUGCAUCAUGUGUUUACGUGCCAUCAUGAAUUACCAGUACGGGUUCAAUAUGGUCAUGUCGCACCCCCAUGCUGUUAAUGAAAUUGCACUAAGCCUGAACAACAAGAAUCCCAGAACAAAGGCGCUGGUCUUAGAACUGUUGGCAGCAGUUUGUCUUGUAAGAGGAGGGCACGAAAUCAUUUUGUCUGCCUUCGAUAAUUUUAAAGAGGUUUGUGGGGAAAAGCAGAGGUUUGAGAAGCUGAUGGAACAUUUUCGAAAUGAAGAUAACAAUAUAGAUUUCAUGGUGGCGUGUAUGCAGUUCAUCAACAUAGUGGUUCACUCAGUAGAGGACAUGAAUUUCAGAGUCCACCUCCAGUAUGAGUUUACUAAGCUAGGCCUGGAUGAAUAUCUAGAUAAACUGAAACACACAGAAAGCGAUAAGCUGCAGGUGCAGAUUCAAGCUUAUCUGGACAACGUGUUUGAUGUGGGAGCUUUACUUGAAGAUGCGGAAACCAAGAACGCUGCCUUGGAAAGAGUAGAAGAACUGGAAGAAAAUAUAUCUCAUUUAUCAGAAAAACUGCAAGAUACAGAAAAUGAAGCUAUGGCAAAGAUUGUGGAACUGGAAAAACAACUCAUGCAAAGGAACAAAGAACUGGAUGUCGUUCGAGAAAUAUACAAGGAUGCAAACACACAGGUUCACACGCUGAGGAAAAUGGUCAAAGAGAAAGAGGAAGCUAUUCAGCGACAGUCAACGCUGGAGAAAAAGAUCCAUGAACUGGAAAAGCAAGGGUCCAUUAAAAUUCAGAAGAAAGGAGAUGGUGAUAUCAACAUUCUUCCUGUUGGGGGGGCUUCUGGGACAUUGCCCUCAGGGGCAGAAGCUGCCACGGGCACUUGUGGAGGAUCAGCUUCUGGCUCUGCACCUUCGGUUCUGUUGCCCCCUCCACCACCACCCUUGCCGUUGUCAGAAUCAGAAUCGGAAGCAGUUCAAAAUGGUCCUGUGACACCGGCAAUGCCUCCUCCCCCUCCACCGCCUCCUCCCCCUCCUCCCCCACCGCCUCUUCCUGGCCCAGCUGCAGAAGCAGGGCUGGUCCCUCCAGUCCCACCCCCACCCCCACCAUCAGCACCUCCUCUUCCAGGAACAGCCUCCCCUACAGUCGUUUUCAACUCAGGAUUAGCAGCUGUGAAAAUCAAGAAGCCAAUUAAGACAAAGUUCCGCAUGCCAGUUUUUAACUGGGUGGCUCUGAAACCCAAUCAGAUUAAUGGGACAGUCUUCAAUGAAAUCGAUGACGAAAGGAUAUUGGAGGAUUUAAAUGUGGAUGAAUUUGAAGAAAUAUUCAAGACAAAAGCCCAAGGCCCGGCCAUUGAUCUUUCUUCAAGCAAGCAAGUAACUCAAAAGGGAUCAAACAAAGUCACGCUAUUGGAAGCAAACAGGGCUAAAAAUCUUGCGAUCACCUUAAGGAAAGCUGGAAAGACUGCAGAUGAGAUAUGCAAAGCUAUUCAGGCGUUCGAUUUGAAGACUCUACCAGUGGAUUUUGUUGAAUGCCUGAUGAGAUUCUUGCCCACGGAAAAUGAAGUGAAAAUGUUGCGGCUUUACGAGCGGGAGAGGAAGCCCCUUGAGAACCUCUCGGAUGAGGAUCGUUUCAUGAUGCAGUUCAGCAAGAUUGAGAGGCUGAUGCAAAAGAUGACCAUCAUGGCGUUUGUUGGCAAUUUUGCAGAAAGCAUCCAGAUGCUGACUCCACAACUUCAUGCAAUAAUUGCAGCAUCUGUCUCAAUAAAGUCAUCUCAGAAACUCAAGAAAAUCCUAGAGAUAAUCUUGGCUCUGGGUAACUAUAUGAACAGCAGUAAACGAGGAGCUGUUUAUGGAUUUAAAUUGCAGAGCUUAGAUCUGUUGCUAGACACAAAAUCGACAGACAGGAAACAAACUCUAUUGCACUAUAUAUCAAACGUUGUGAGAGAGAAAUAUCAGCAAGUAUCGCUUUUUUACAAUGAGCUUCACUAUGUGGAAAAAGCUGCUGCAGUAUCCCUUGAAAAUGUUCUGUUGGAUGUAAAGGAACUCCAAAGAGGUCUCGACCUAACAAAGCGAGAGUACACCAUGCACGAUCACAACACCAUGCUGAAGGAGUUUAUUCAGAACCAUGAAGGGAAACUGAAGAAGCUGCAGGAUGAUGCAAAAAUAGCUCAGGAUGCCUUUGAUGAUGCUGUGAAGUAUUUUGGAGAGAAUCCCAAGACAACACCUCCAUCAGUCUUCUUCCCAGUCUUUGUUCGAUUUGUGAAAGCUUACAAGCAAGCAGAAGAGGAGAACGAGUUGAGAAAAAAGCAACAGCAGGCAUUGAUGGAAAAACUUCUGGAGCAGGAGGCACUGAUGGAGCAGCAAGACCAAAAGUCUCCCUCUCAUAAAACGAAGAGGCAGCAGCAAGAGCUGAUUGCAGAGCUAAGACGGCGACAAGUCAAGGACAAUAGACAUGUGUACGAGGGGAAGGAUGGAGCUAUUGAAGAUAUCAUCACAGCCUUAAAGAAGAAUAAUAUCACUAAAUUUCCAAAUGUUCACUCGAGGGUAAGGAUUUCUUCUAGCACACCGGUGGUGGAGGAUACACAGAGCUGGCAAGCAUCACUUUUUACUUAGCUUCCUCCUCUCUCUGUAUGCCAACACAAAAACUGCUGCAAAUCACAGCCAAGUUUAAGAUAAAGGAGGGAUGGCGCUGUAAGCUUUGAGCAGCGUUGCUGGUGCUUUUCGGUCUUCCUUCUGUCGUGUGUUUUUAUCUAUAGAGUGUGGGAUGGAUUAAUCUGCAGCUCUUGCCUGUGCCGGAUGAAAGUCACAUGACUUAGCGGCUACUCCCUUUCCAAACUCUUCCAAAAGAUAGAUGUUGUUGCCUCUGUGUUGUACUGAUGAGUCUGCGUACUGCAGAGCAGGAAGAGAGGGGAGGAAAGGGUCACAAAGUAGGGUUGCCAACUAUUUUACAGGCUCUCUGCUCCUUUUUAAUAAACAGCAGCCCAUCAAACAGCAGUACUGUAUAGCUUUUCCUGACAUAAGCAUAGAGUACAAGGCUUUGCCCGUUCCUUUUCCAUAUUCCAGGUGGUUCCAAAAGGCAUUUUGCCAUACUAAAGAAGAAAUGGGGGAACCUCUCAGAAAUGGGAGCUUAUGUACAAAGAUUUAUUUGUGUGCUCUUGUCUACCAAGACCCUGCAAGAACAGUGGAUUCAGGCACUAUUAGUGAAGCAAACGCUAGGGAAAGAGAAAAGGCUGUAUGUGGAUCUUAUGGCUGUUAGUUGCAUAUUACGGUAGCAACCAACUAUUCUUCCCACAUCUACUAGCCGCCCCUGCCUCCCCAAGUGGGUCUUUGGGAGCCUCUGUGAUUUACAGCCAGUUGCUUUAUCCAAAAGACCCCAGGGGCUGCUAGUGAAUCCUAUACUUGUGGGCUGAGUAAGCACUACAACUAAAUCUUCCCUGCGAGGGGAAUUGUCAUUCUCUUUGCUCCUCUUUUAACAAUGGCACCUUUGUUUGCCUUUCUGCUUCAGUAGCAGCGCUUCCCAUAGCGCUGGCAGCCAUCCUUACACUGUACGCUGCCACUGAGAGCAUUUGGCUAGCUUCUUCGAACUAUCAGUGCAGGCUCUGGGAGCAUCAGCUAUGUUGAGAGGCAGUUCCUCUGAAAGUGCCCGUUUCCUGUACCCAUCUCAUUCUCCUGGGGCAGGAGUGCGCAUGGACCUUAGAAUAAAAUCUGAGAAAAAGCAAUGGAGAAUAGUGUGUGUGUGUAUGGAUAGCAACGUCUUGCUGCUAUGUAUGGGAUGUAUGGGAGUGUGCGUGCGUAAGGAGUUUAUAGGGAACCCUGUUGGUGGAAAGGGAAACAAAUUCAGGAUAGGUGUGUGCUUUUUGCUCCCGUUGCAACACUGUCCUGUUUCAGCAAAUGAGACUGGCCAUGCGGCUGCUGCUCACAGCAGCAUUGUAAGGUAGGGUAAUGUUGUUGGGGGCAGCAGCCACAAAGUCAGUCCUACCCAUGUCAUUCCCUUCUUUUAAGUAUCAUCAGUGCCAAUGUAAUACAGUAGUCAAAACUGCUGGCAUUAAGCAAGUCUAGAUUGUGCAAAUGUGAAUGGUUUGGCAGGUUGCUAUAGUCUGGAAAUCUAGCACAGCUGGGGAGGUGUGAUUUUAAAGGGCUAAGGGAACUCCAGGGUAGAAGGGGUGGGUGGGAAAGAGGGAGCAGUGCCUGCUUAUUGUUUUUGCUGCUGCUGUUUUAUUUAAAAAAACCUGGAAGGCUUCAGAUUGGCUUGCUGGUCAUACUACUAGGAAACACAAUAGAUUUCCCUCAUGUGGUAAGCAGAAAAUGGUAGCAUGUGGGGCGAAGGAGUCACAAGCUGGAUCUACACUGAUCUAGAAAACACUAUAAUAAUAUAGCUCUCAAUGCAAUUUCACAUGGGCAACACUACAGCACCCUGUUGUCCCAUUUUUAUAACACAUUUUUCACAUUAUAACUCACUAGUAUAGAAGAGUGAGGUCACAGUUUGAAGAGGUUGGGAGAAUGAAGCUGGGUCUCAGGGAAAAUGAGUGGCAAGUGACAGCCAACCAGCAUUAGCAUCUAACCAUGCUGCCAUCCUGUCUUGUGUGUUUAAAAAAUAAUAAUCCACACCCUCAUUUUCAUCCUCAUAAGCGGCUGAUGCAAAUUCAUGGUGGCCCCAAAGUUUGGUCCUUCAAUGGCAGAACCGUGGUGUGGAAGCAGCACACCUGAUUCUCUCUAUACAGGAGAAAUCUGAUGGAAGCUUUUGCUAUGCAAGGAAAUUGCGCAAUUGCUUCCGCAGAACCCUUUUCAUACCUAGAUGCGCAACCCUGAAUAAUGCAGUAGGCAGAAGUUCCAUAUUAGUAAUAGUCAAGUGAAGAGAGAGCCCCAUCAAUGCUGUUCUGCUCGGCUCUCUUGGGUGCUUAAACAGUCCCUUUUUCUCUUUUGCUUCAAGCUGCUUUGAUUGGCUACCAGCAGGACUCUUUCCUUGUCUAGAUCCAGAGGCACAGGCCAGCCCGCUUCUGACACUUUCCUGCUUCUUCCCCGCAGAUCUUAGAAACCAGCCCUACAGACGAGCCGAUGCGGUGAGGAGAAGCGUGAGGCGGCGUUUUGAUGAUCAGAAUUUACGCACUCUCAACGGUGCUGAAAUAGCCAUGUGAGCUGGAUUGGGAGAACGUGCAUGUGCAAAGUAGAACAUGUAUUUCAUCGAUUCCUUGCCAUGUGAACUAUAUUUGCGCUACCAUUCUAAUUGUGGACUUUAUUGAAGUACAUUAACUUAUCUUCUGAAGGGCUCAAUAACAACAGCAAACACAUAGGAACACAGAGGGGGAAAAUAAGAGGGGGGGAAUGAGCUCUCCACUCAACUGUAACUACCAAGUGCCUAAAAUUCAAUUAUCUGCUCAAAUUAAUCAAAGCAAUAGGACUUUAUUUGGUUGGGUAUUGUUUUACACCAAUAAAUUUCUUCGGUGUUUUUAACCAAAAUGUAAAAUACAUAUUGUAUUUUUGUUUUGUUUUGUUACAUACCAUUUAGUGAAUAGCCUUCAGUUGGCUUUCUUGAUCUCUUGUAAAUAGGUAGUACUUGGAAGUGAUCUGCUGUGGAUUUUUUAAAUGAUUUCAAUACAUUCCUCCUGGACAGUUUGACUUAUAGUUUUGAGAUCCCGUUGCACUUAUGAUGAUGAUGAUGUAUGCAUACACCUUCAUAUGCUUAUUAUAAGGACUUACCAUAUACGAAGGGGAGAAACUCAUUAAACUGUACCCUUUUAAGAAAAAUGCAUUCCUCUUAAGGGUGGGGAAAACAUCCAGAAAACAGAUGUUGAUCUAGAUGUGAUUACAUUUUACAAAGGGUUAAACUUAACUGGGAUAAGAAAGGCUUGGAUAGUGGGGUUUCGGCUGUAAAUAGGAUGUGAUAACAUGUGGCUUAUUUUAAACACACAGCUACCUGCUUUCAGAUUCUACCUGCUAUAUACCAGUUGGUAGUGAAGCUGAUGUGAGGAGGUAUAGCUCAUAGAACACAAUGCAAGCAGAGAAGAAUCGUGGAUGAAAUUCCACUACUGUUUUCUACAGGUAGAGGCAGCUUUUGGGUAACAAUGUUAUUUAUUAAUUAGCACUAAGAUAUUAACUUCUCAAUAAUCAGUAUUAUACUUCCUGAGGAUCACAACUGUUCAGUUGUCGGAAUAAUGAAAAUCCGGUGCCCUGCCGAGAAAAUUAGGAUACCCUCCAUAAAUAAGCUUGUACCUCCAUUCCACAAGAAAUUCUGCCAUGCGACAAUCCAGGUUGGAUCAUAAAAGAGCUGUCUCAGCUGAAAUGUAGAUAGUUAACGAAACAGUUCAUCACUGCAUACAUUCUCAAACCUGAAAUAGAUUUUUUUCAUCCCAGUUCAGAUCUGCUGAUGGAUGCAGCAUCUACAACAAGUGCAAGUCAGAUGUGCAGUUGGAAAUUGUAAAUGUAUUUGCACUUCAUUUCUUCCAAACAUGUGGGUUUAAUAGGGAACGCACAAGCUGUUGAACGCUACAGUGCACAGAUGACUUUCUCAUUUUAGAAAUGCAUCUGCCUUGCACUUGUGGCUAUCCUUUCCAGAUUAGAGAUUUCAAAUUUUUAACCAUUUGAAACAUUUAAAGCAAAGUUUUAGUCACCAAGAGUGGCCAUUGCCAACCCCACUUAUUGCUUACAAGGCAGGGCACUUGAUUUUCUCUCCCAAGUAAAAAAUCAGACUAAAGUUAAGGGAAAUCUUGCUUACAGCUUUCCUUUCCUGGUAGCACUGUAUCACUGUUAAUUGUAAAAUUUAUUGUAUAGUAUUUAACCACUGAAUUCUUUUCUUUUUUGUUGUGCUUAUGUGAACCACUGGUAAAGGUCCCAUAUUGCUUUAAUAAUGUGUAGUUAUAUGAUAAUGUUUCUAAAUGUACAGAUAUUUUGCUACAAAUUUGGUGCUUUUUAUGGUUUUUACACUUCUCUUUAAUUCCCACUCUAGCCUCGGGGUAAUAUUGUAAAUAUUGUUUAAAAAUGCAUCAGCCUGUGCUAUACAAUCUGAAUGUUAUUUUAACUUAUAGUUUUGUUUUUUUAUAUUUAACUAAAUGGACAGUUUGGGGCUCAAAAGUUAUUACAUUGACAUUUGCUUAACUAUUUACAGAGAAGUUUAUUUUAAACAAACUGCCAAUUGUUCUCUCAAUUUACAGCAAUGUAUACAAGACAUGUUAAAGAGAACAUGCCACGAUUCUGCCAUUUUCCUUCACAAGAAGAUGAAUGUUUAGGUUUGGGGAAAAUACCAUUUGGCAAUAUAAUUCAAAGAUUUAAGGAGCUAUGAGAAAUCACAGUAUACUAAAAAUAUUUAGAAAGGAACAAUGAGCUGUAAUACUGGCAUGUUCUCUUCGAUAUUUUAUCUAGUAACAGACCUGCUUCUUAGCAAUAUUAUAGGUGUUUUAUAAAAGCAGUUCAUGUUACUUUUCUGACCUGUUCAUGGCAUAUGAUUGAAUAAACUAUUUACACUACUACAAAUGAUCCACAGCUUUUCCUUGUUACUCAGACUGAUCUAUAUGGGGCUAUAGAACUAUGCAGAGUAGCAGGGCUGUGGUAAAACAAGAACCAGAGAGGGCUGCAUGUAAGCAUGAGUUCCUAUUGGCACUGGACUUUUUCCACAAUGUAGUAGUAAUGAGCUAUAAACAGGUAACUUUAUUACCAUGCACUUUCUCCUAUAAGGUUAAGAGCAAACAACCCUUUUUUUAAAUUAAACGCUGGAAAAAUGAAACCUAGUGAUUGGAUGAGCGGAGCACAGAGACUCAGAAUUGUAAAAUUGGAAAGAACCUCCUGUAACCAUUUGCAUUGCCUGCACUUAAUACAGCUGCUUUACUUUUGCAUUUGUGUGUGUGGUUUCUCUUUGAGACACAGUGGAGAAAGUUCAAAUGUACAAGAUAUGCAAACUUGAGAAGAAAUCAGAUUAUAGCAAAUAAGAUAACAGGGCAUGACAGUUUGCAGAAAUAUGAAGAAACUAACUUUAUACUUAAAGCUUUUUAUUUUUAAUGGAAAAAUAAAGACAACGCUUUAAAAAGUAAUGUUUACUUAGAAACAUGUUUCUUCAUGUAAAUUAUGCAAGGCGGCAAUAAGAAAAUAUUUUACAUAAAUAUCACUUGUAUUGGAGCGGGAAAAUUGCUAUUCCUUCAUAGCUGUUUUAAGUACUGUGACACUUUCCCAUCUCUAUACCAGUAUGUAGCUGAGUGUGAAACAUGAUGCGCUACCAAUCCAUGUACGGCAAACUAUGCAAUUGGUUUGAACAAGUUAACCGUACUUGCAGUUUCUCAAACAGGAAGCCAAAUAUGCAAUGGUUUCUUUCUUUCCCCCCUUAACAUUAACAAAAUACAUAUUUAAAUUCUCUUCUAUAAGCAGAGUCCCAAACACUAUGACAGCAGGAAGUCAUAGCAUUUUACAUUCUCCUUGCCCAACACUGACUGCUCUGGAAUUUCCCGGAGGUUUCACUGCACUCUACCUUAAGCUAUAACUAGACAAAAUUAGUAAGAAUAAGUUUUCAUUAAGAAGUGAUCACCAUAAAGGAGAGAUGAUUCAUUCUGUUGCACCUGAGAGUAUUCAGAAUGCACCGUGUACAACCCUGUACUGUUUGAUAUCUCCCCCCAUACUCUAUUAAUUUGGGGGGGGGGAGGGAGAAGGAAAAAUCAGUGGAAAUGGCUUCUCUCCAAGAGGAGUGUCCAAUCAGCAGAGUUCCCUUAUAGGAGCGGCAGUUCCAAGCCCCUGUACUGUGAAGCCAACCUUUUACUUGCAAGUAGAGCAAACUGUUGCACACAAGCUCCAAAGAAAUCAGUAAGACCUAAGGAUAACAACAUGCCUGGUAUAUUCAUUCUUAUUUCUUGAUUUGCAUAGUAGAGGCUAAUUUCACGACUAAAAAGGCCAAUCUUGAAUUACCACCACCACUAUAUAUUGUUAAGUAUUCCACUUCUGUGCUGUUACAGAUCUUUGACAGCUCCUUUCUUUUGUUGGUGUGAUUAUACAUAUAUUAAAAAGGAAGCACCGCACUAGAGUACUUAACUUAACCAGUA